GAUCCUGGUAAGUGAUGUCAUCUGCCGGAAGAUGAAGGCCAACAAGCAGUGCAGGUUGUGAGUUGUUACAGAGAAGCAAUUUGGCAUCGUGCCACACACACACACACACACAGAGAGAGAAGGAAAAACUAGACCUGCAGGAUUACCAACCCCCCUCGUCAUCGUUUUGCAUGGGAAAAGGAUCGACCGCAGCCACGACAGCCUCAACCCAAAUGUGACACCCUCUCACUCACAGAUCCAGGGGACUGAUCCCCCGAUGCUGGAACCAGUUUCUCCUCUGCUGGUUUGCAUCGGCUAAAUGUUGGGAUCCCUGCAGCCAUGACUUCAGCCGAACAGACCGUUACAUGGCUCAUAACUCUGGGUGUGUUGGAAUCGCCUAAAAAGACCAUCUCAGACCCUGAAGGAUUUUUACAGUCUUCCCUCAAAGAUGGGGUCGUUCUCUGCAAGCUCCUGGACCGCUUGCUUCCUGGUUCCAUAGAGAAAAUCUACCAGGAGCCCAAGUGCGAGGCUGAGUGUCUGAGCAACAUCAGGGAGUUUGUGAGGGGCUGCGGGAGCCUGAGGGUGGAGACAUUUGAUGCAAAUGACCUCUUUCAAGGUCAAAACUUCAACAAGGUUCUAAGUUCUCUGGUGGCGCUAAACAAAGUAACUGCAGAUAUUGGUGUUGGAAGUGAUUCUGUAUGUGCACGUCACUCAUCCCAACGUAUAAAAUCUGUUGAUUCUCUCGCUGGAUCGCAUUUGUCACUUGGAAGAACAUCAAAACAUUUUCACGGAAAAUAUCGCAGUUUGGACAUGAGUGACAACAGCAACUAUCAAAUGGUGGUUAAAGCAAGAUUCAAUUUCCAACAGAACAACGAAGAUGAAUUAUCCUUUGCAAAAGGAGAUAUUAUUCACGUCUGCAGAGUCGAGGAAGGGGGCUGGUGGGAGGGGUUGCUGAAUGGCAAAACUGGAUGGUUCCCCAGCAAUUAUGUGAGAGAAAUCAAAUCAAAUGAGAAAGCAAUAUCACCUAAAUCUAGUACGUUAAAAAGUCCUCCAAAAGGAUUUGAUACUCCUGCCAUUAGCAAAAGUUACUACAAUGUGGUGCUACAGAAUAUUUUAGAAACAGAGUCUGAAUAUGCUAAGGAACUUCAGAUACUUCUGUCAACCUAUCUGCGUCCUCUGCAAGCUAGUGAAAAGUUAGGUUCCACUGAUAUGGCAUAUCUGAUGGGAAAUCUGGAGGAUAUCUGUUCUUUCCAGCAGAUCCUUGUUCAGUCUCUAGAAGAAUGUGCCAAAUUACCCGAGACACAGCAGAAAGUUGGUGGAUGUUUUGUCAAUUUAAUGUUACAAAUGAAAAGCCUGUAUGUUACAUACUGUCUUAAUCAUCCCUUGGGUGUGAAUCUUCUUACAGAACAUAGUGAGGAACUCGGGGAAUUUAUGGAAAUGAAAGGAGCCAGUAGUCCUGGGAUACUCGUGCUUACCACAAGCCUCAGCAAACCAUUUAUGAGACUGGAAAAAUACCCAACACUACUUAAAGAACUUGAACGACACAUGGAGGAUUAUCAUCCAGACCGACCUGACAUUCAAAAAUCCAUGACAUCCUUCAAAAAUCUCUCGGCACAGUGUCAGGAAGUACGGAAACGGAAGGAACUUGAGCUGCAGAUACUGACAGAAACAGUACGUGGAUGGGAGGGCGAAGACAUCAAGUUAUUGGGAAAUGUCAUCUAUAUGUCACAGGUCAUGGUUCAGUGUGGAAAUGAGGAGAAGAGUGAGAGAUACUUCCUGCUGUUCCCACAUGUGUUGCUAAUGUUGUCUGCAAGCCCCAGGAUGAGUGGUUUCAUUUAUCAGGGAAAGUUGCCGUUAACCGGACUGACGAUCACCAAAUUAGAAGACAUUGAUAGUGAGAAAAAUGCUUUUGAAAUUACUGGAAAUAUGAUAGAAAGAAUAUCAGUAUCUUGCUACAACCCCCAGGAUUUGCAGGACUGGGUUGAUCAACUUCAGAAGCAGACCAAAGUUCCAAGUGGAGGAGGAACACCUAUCAAGCAGCAAUCUGUGCCAUCCCACACACUUCCAUCCCAUCCCAUGACCCCAAUAAACAAGCAUUCUGAUGGUAAACCAAUUUCUGUAGCUCCUUCUUAUCAUACACUUCCUCAUCCUUCUUUCCAUGGAACAUCACAUAGCAGUCUGACUUGGGGACCCCUGGAGCCUCCCAAAACACCAAAGCCUUGGAGUUUGAGUUGUCUGCGACCAGCACCCCCACUGAGGCCUUCAGCUGCCCUAUGUUAUAAAGAGGAUCUCAGCAAAAGCCCCAAAACAAUGAAAAAACUGCUUCCCAAACGCAAACCUGAAAGAAAACCAUCCGAUGAAGAAUUUGCAGUGAGGAAAAGUACUGCAGCUCUUGAAGAAGAUGCACAGAUCUUAAAAGUUAUAGAGGCUUACUGCACUAGUGCCAAAACCCGUCAGACGCUUAACUCAACAUGGCAAGGCACUGAUUUGAUGCAUAAUCACGUUUUGACUGACGACGAUCAAUCAAGUCAAGAUUCCUCAGGUCGCCGCAGUAGUCUUUCCCGCUUCGAGGCUGCUGACUUGUCCGAAGACUCUGAUUAUGACAGUAUAUGGCUGGCUCACAGUUACAGAAUGGGCUCAACAACUCGCAAGACCUAUCGCAAAGAGUGUGCUCCUCAGGUAUUAUUGCCCGAAGAGGAAAAAAUUAUUGUAGAAGAAACCAAAAGCAAUGGCCAGACAGUCAUAGAGGAAAAAAGUCUUGUAGAUACAGUUUAUGCAUUGAAGGAUGAAGUACAAGAGUUAAAGCAGGAAAACAAGAAGAUGAGGCGCUCUCUAGAGGAGGAGCAGAGAGCUCGCAAGGAGUUAGAGAAGUUGGUUAGGAAAGUUUUAAAGAAUAUGAAUGAUUCUUCUUGGGAUGAAACCAACUUAUAGUGAGAUUGGGCUUCCUGCAACAGCAUACCGAGUUCUAAUGCGUAAACUUACGCCACCACAGUAACUGUAUCUGCAAUUCAAUCAGUGAGAUUUAAUCGAUUGUGGAACUGGCAAACCGUUCAAUUAAUAUCUGUGUUGUUCUAUUCACAUCCUGAAUGACACAAGAGCAGUACUUAACUGGGCACUUGGAAAUACGCACUUCUUACAGAGGACUGAAAACCUAGACUGAAGCUAGAGACCUUCAACAGCUGCAUAUUUUUUACUUGCAUUCUCUUUAAUUACCUCAGUUCAGCAACUGUGCAGCCAUUGAUUAAAUAUUCUGUACCUUUCACUUGUGAUGCUGUAGGUGUAAGAUAUGAUUUUAUUGUGAAAGGUGUAGAGAUAAUGAAUUUUGCAUUCAAGUGAUUUCUCCUCUUUCAUAGAAUGCCUUUUGGUCACAAGCAAACCUUUGUAAUGUGUGAACAUUUAUGAUAACAAAUCACCUUAGACUUCAAGAAUCUGACAAAUCAGAAAAUAGCAUUCCUCUCUAGUGUGUAACUUAAAAGUAAUUUAUGAUAUGAUUAUAAAGUUAUAGUAAGGAUGAUGAAAAACAUUCUUGGAACACAAGUGGGCUGGCACCAUCCUGUGUGCUUGUGACCAUGGUGCCUAUUGUUUUGCACAUGUGUAUAAGAGCUUUCUUACUAAAAUGUAACUUUCUGCUCAUUAAUUAAAGCUAUGGUGGCCCACAAAUAUAUUUUAUUUCCAUAGGAGCCUUCCAAUUGAAAACAUUUGAUUUGCCAUAAUCAUAUGAAAUUCAGUCUAAUUUUACUUUUUAGGUAGCGGAGUUCAAGAUUGGAAAUGAUGCAUUUCUUUACAUUUAGAACUCACCUCUCAUCUGAUCUGCAAUUCCAAAGUUAGAGCAACCAGUCUACUCAAAGCUAUUACUUUCCACGCUCAAUCUUCACUCAGAAGAUAGUGUUGGAAAAAUUCAAUUUAAAAUCUGAUAUUCGGUUAUUGACUUUAUUUAUUAUGGGACCUCUGGAAAGAAAUACUUAAUUGUGAGGCACUGAAUCUUUAACCUUAUACAUUGGUGUUUGUUUUUAGUGAUUAUACUGGCAGCUACCAAACUGAACUUGGCCAAAUACUUUCUUGCAGUUUGCAGGGACUGUUGCAUUUAAAAAACGAGCUUACAUCCUCCUAAUUUUACUGCCAACAUUUUGUCACAAUAUCUUUACAAUUGGUCCUUACAGGAAAUAUUGCAGCUUUGUCAAAGUUUGAAGUCAUGCAGCAAGCGAGACACAGAGCAGUUCAUUUUUUGGCUUAAGUUGCUUAAUUGAAGAUUUUAUUAAAACGUUGAUUUAAAAAAAACCUUCGGUAUUUUCAUUUGACACCUGAAUUGAAGCUCUCCCUGUCUUUCUACCUCCCCUUGUAAUCCAUCAUGAAAACCGAAGUCUCUCCCUCUGAUCUGCACUUUAUAGAAGCGGACUCAGUGAGAGAAUAAAUAUUUUUUGUCAUGCUCAAACAUGUCAGAAGUUGGCAGCUAUUCUGUAUGAAUAAUUGGUGAUUUAGAGAUGGAUGCAGGGGUAAAAAUAUUAGUUUGCAGGAUUUGUUCACAAACACUACUGAUGUUGAUAAUCUUGGCCAAUUGGGUCCUUUUCAAAGGGUUCUUGUGUGGGCUAAUAAUUAAGUAAAACUGCUUGAAAAUGUCUUGUAACUGAACUGGGUUUGCAAAUGUUUUCCUUCUCUCCAUUUGGAGUAUUCUGUCUAUUCUUUAUCUCCAUUCCCUCCCCAAUAACUCCGUUUUAUCUUUUCACUGAUUAAGAGAGCAUGGAAGUGGCAUUGGUUGCUGCCAAUAUAAGCACCACAACAAAAGUCUUUAAACCAUUUCAGUGACUGGCUUUCUGACAAAUCCUUUUUUUAACCUGAGAAUGAGAAACACGUUUUCCCCAGAAUAAACCCUGAGAGGUAAGGAACCAAGAGGUCUCCUGCUCUUCCAUUUUGUUCUGUUUAAAUGGAGUUUCAUGUUCUUUAAAUUGUAGCUUCUUGUGUGCAAUAUUUUCAAUCUUGUUUCCUCAGUACAGUAUUACAGUCUGAUUGUGCCAGCACUUGUUUUAGGGCAGUUACACCGUAACCAUAGCUUGUUCUGGGCUUGAUUUAAAACCAGGUCCUGAGGUGAAAGUAUAUUGUUCUUUCCUAUUUCCUGCAAUGUAACAUUGCACAUGUCAUUAUCUUAAGAUUAGCCCUACUGAAAACAAUGUUUUUGAAAAUAUGAAAAUUACUGGAAAGUACACUGGGUAACCAUUAUAACCUUUUACUUCCUGAGACUUGCAUUCAAAUCUAGCCCAGACAGGUGGGAUAAUAGUUUGAAUUCGCUGGAACUGUAUGAAAAUGAACAGUGCUGUCAAAACCCAAUUUCUCAUGGGCAUAGAUUAAAACAACUCAGAUUUGGGCACAAAUUGACACUGAAAUGAUAAUCUCACACAGAGGAAAUCAUGAAAAUAGCUGUUACAGGAAAUCCAGUUGGGGCUGUUUUUCAACGGACUGAGUUAAGGAGCGGGACUGAUGAGGAAUUAAGGGAGGUGACACUUAGUGUCAAAGUUUGUGAAUUUGCUGAGCACAAAGUAUCAGAAAAAUAAACGUUUUAAGAAUGAAACAUAACUUGGUUGAGAUAAUUAACUUUUGUUUUCGGGAAAAAUGUUGACAUUUAAAAUCUUAUACAGUAACAAAGUGGGUAAAACAAAUUAAAUGAAAUUUGGCAUCUCUUAAGAAGGCGAAUGGGAAUGUGAGAUGUUUUAAGUAUCUCUUCUGUACACUAACAGGAGAUAAAGCAGUAAUAUCUCUGGAUUCAAAACGUGUUAAGCAAAUAUGGUUCACGGACAUAUGGCAACAAUUAAAGGAGAUGUCAAUUUGAACACUUUGUACUGUUUGAAUUGUGGUGCAUCCUAACUCGUUCUGCUGUGAAACUUACCUUGGAGAGUAGAAUUUUAUGGGACUGUGAAAUCAAGCCAUGUAUUUGGCAGCUUAUACUCUUGGGUAUAUGUAAGUUCACAUCAUGCCAGAUUUAAGUCUGGCACAAAUGAAUAAGCAAAUUUUAAAAAAAAGUGCCAGACAAGAACUGUACAGUUUCUAAACAUAUUUAUAUGACAGUAUUAAAAAAAAACUGUUACAAACAAAAAUAAAUGGAUGGUGUGUGUGCCUGGCCCCCAUUUGGAGCAGGCAAUGAACAUUUACCCAAGUACUUUCCCCAUUGUUUUAAAUCAAAAUAUGAUUUACUUGAGUAUACUACUUUUCCAAGCAAUUAUUUUGCCCGGUAUUUAAAGGGACAUGUAUUUUUGAAAUCUAUUUGACAAACUUUAUGGAGAAAGAGGAAUUGUAUGUCAUCAUUUUCAGUGUUUUGAUAUUUGUGUCAUGAGGUUGUAUGUUUGUAAGUAAAUUAAAAAUAUUUGUUAAAUAUGCCAGUCUGAAGACAGUGCCUUGAAAUAAGCAGGGCCGGUUUAAAAACAAUUGGGUAAAUUCAGAUGUUUAAUAAAAGGUAAUCACUGUAUAUCUCAAUUGCCUGCUCUGAUUAUGUUAAAGACAACAUGUACGUAACAUUUCCUCAUUCCUCAAAGAUGUAGAUAUUUAAAGACUAGACUUGAUUGAAUACUGCUACGUGUGAAGGUGAGAAUUCUUACAGGCCACAUUGGUCAAUGACUGAUUUGUACUGAAGGGUGGCUAUGUAAAUAGAUGUAAUAAAACUAUUGAAGAAAAAAGCA